AUGAUGGUCACUCUUGACCCAGAGGAGACAAGGAAGAAAAGAAACUGUUUGAGAAAGGAGGGUGAAAAGGCCGGCAGGAGGAUGUUGGACCCCUUGAGAGGUUUUCCUGGGCCUCUUGGCCCUCAGGGCCCAGCGGGACCAGUAGGCCGACCAGGAGAGCCUGGCAUCCAAGGACCAAAGGGGGAGAAAGGUGACCAUGGACCUGGUGGCUUCAUAGGUCCCAAAGGCAGCAUGGGAAUGACCGGUGUACCUGGGUUCUCUGGAAUCGAUGGCAUUCCUGGCCAUCCAGGACAAGGUGGGCCCAGGGGGAGGCCAGGAGCAGACGGCUGCAACGGGACUCAAGGAGACUCAGGGCUGCCCGGGAUUCCUGGUUUUAUGGGCACACCUGGAGCUUCUGGAUAUCCUGGCAGGAAGGGGGAGAAGGGAGACUCUCUGGACAUAACGGUGUACAUGCAGCGAUUCAGGGGUGAUCCAGGAACACCAGGAUCCUAUGGAAUAAAGGGGCCUCCAGGAAUACAAGGGUGGGAAGGUAACAGAGGCCCGCAAGGACCAAAGGGCCCUCCAGGUCCUGCUGGUCCCCCUGGACCAAAGGGCACCAUGACCAAAGUGUUAAAGGGAGUCAAAGGAGAGCUGGGCGACAUCGGAGCACAAGGGCCACCAGGAAACUACACGACUCAGCAGCGCCAGCCUCAAUCUGGGCAAACCGGAAGGAAAGGUGGAAAAGGAGAUCGUGGAGAAAUGGCAGACAACAAAGGAGAAACUGGUUUAAUGGGAUUCCCUGGAAUGAGGGGUGAAAAUGGUGCAAACGGGCUUCCGGGACUGAUGGGCGAUUCUGGUGAACCAGGAUCGGAUGGAGUUGAUGGUCUUAAGGGAGCCAGAGGUGAUCCAGGGGAGGUGAUUUCGUCAGGCUCCUGGUCUUCAGCUGUUGGUCCCCCUGGAUCCCCUGGUGAGCAAGGUCCACAAGGAGAGAGAGGUCCUGUUGGAGACCAAGGUUUCCCUGGACAGCCUGGAAUUCCUGCUUCUGACUCCCAGCAGCAAGAGUUGUACGUCUUCGGCCCGUUUGGUUUCAAAGGAGAACAAGGAGACAAUGGCCAGCCAGGUGAGCCGGGAAGGCCUGCUGUCAGUGCAGGACCCCCAGGAAAUGACGGACGUCCAGGAGAAAGAGGCCCUCCAGGACCCAAAAUAUCAUUGAAAGAAUACUUUGCUGGAGAUCCAGGAUGGAGGGGAAGACCUGGCUUUGCAGGACAGAAAGGACAGAAAGGUGACCAGGGAGGAUGCGAGUGCAGUCUUGGAAAUUCCCAGCCUGGUUUAUCUGGUCCUGCUGGUGAGCCUGGAGAUGAUGGGAUGAUUGGAGAAUUUGGUAGUGAGGGUGACCCAGGAGACCCGGGUCCUCGAGGAAAAGACGGACAGCCUGGAGUUCCUGGGCUUAAUGGUGUUCCAGGGCCAAAAGGUCGUAAAGGAAACCUGACUGUUGCCACACAGAAAGGAUCUGCUGGUAACCCUGGAGAUUCAGGAAAAGAUGGUGUAGCAGGAAAACCGGGUGCUCCAGGCCCAAAUGGUCUUCCUGGUUUCAGAGGCAGCCGUGGUCCACCAGGUGAAGGACCCAGCGGAGAACGAGGAGACAGGGGGUUCCCAGGGAGGCCUGGUUCACCUGGUGCAGACGGGUUGAGAGGACAACCAGGUCCGGACAUUGUGGGUGUCAAAGGACGACCCGGUUUACCUGGAGACGACGGUCUCGCUGGUUACCAAGGGGCUCCAGGAACAACUGGAAGUCCAGGCGGCUGUAUACCAAGAGGAGAUGGAGGACAGGUGGAUGACACAGGCUCUUGCAAAUCUGUUCCGGGACCUCCGGGCCUGCCAGGACUCCCAGGACUCUUUGGAAUUCAAGGCGUCCCAGGAUCUUCUGGCCUACCGGGUCCACAUGGUGGAAGUGGAGUCAGGGGGGAGAAAGGAGAACAAGGGGAGCAAGGCAGAGGCGGCAGUCCUGGACCACCAGGUUUUCCUGGUCCUCGUGGAGAUUUGGGGAUCCCUGGCAGAAAAGGUUUUAUUGGAGACCCAGGUGUGUCAGGUGUUCCUGGUCGAUACGGGGGUGAAGGUGAAAAGGGUGCUCAUGGUGAAGUAUUAGGAGCAUCACCUGGACCACCAGGUGACCCAGGACAACCUGGUCCUCAAGGAGUGAAAGGCCAAAUUGGAGAUGAAGGAGCGCCAGGCUACCAAGGAAUGGUCGGCAUGCCAGGUAUGAUUGGCUUUAAGGGGGAGACAGGUCCCAUAGGUCUCUUAGGGGAAGAAGGGAGACCUGGGCCAGCGGGCAUAUAUGGAUUCCCUGGCGAUCCCGGAAGAUCAGGUUCACCUGGGCUUCCUGGUGAAACUGGACAACCAGGAAUCACCGGAGAGAGGGGUAUAGAAGGAGAUCCAGGUCCCCCGGGUCCAGCAGGAUUCAAAGGGAUGCCAGGUAUUUUUGGUGAUAAUGGUACAACAGGAGAACCUGGUCUACCAGGUAACCUUGGAAAACCAGGCGCAAGUGGAUAUCCUGGGCUUCCAGGAUCAAAGGGUAGCAAAGGGUCUCCUGGCAUGUCAGGUUUUCGUGGGCUUUUUGGUGAUUCUGGACAGAAGGGUCAAGAGGGGCUCAAAGGAGAGACUGGAGUGCCUGGCCAAGCAGGUCUGAAAGGAUUUGAUGGCCAGAAGGGAGAGAAAGGUGAGCGUGGGCUGACAGGACCACCUGGGAAGAUGGCUCCUCAAAUGCUCAUUCACGUAAAGGGAGCCAAAGGAGAACAUGGAAAUCAAGGCAGUCAAGGAUUCACGGGGCCAAGAGGUACCAAAGGUUUGCCUGGUGUGCCCGGUCAUGAUGGCUCUCACGGUUUCCCAGGGGACCCCAGCAAUGAGAAAGGUUUUCACGGAGAUCCAGGAGCACAGGGGCUGCCAGGCUUUAAAGGAUUGCCGGGUCCAACAGGAAACAGAGGCAUUAUGGGCUUUGAGGGAAUGCCUGGCAACAAGGGAGGCAAAGGAAGCCCUGGUGCUUAUGGAGCAUCUGGUGACAAAGGAAGGAAGGGUGCCAAAGGUGACAGAGGCCUCCGUAUAGACCUUCCAGGAACUUCUGGACUGAGAGGAGAAGAUGGAUUUCCAGGAGAGCCAGGUUCGAAUGGAUUAAUUGGAAUCACUGGGGACAUUGGUAUUACUGGUUUUGAUGGCAUCGAAGGAAUGAAGGGCAAGUUAGGUGAUCCAGGAGUAGUAGGACACCCAGGCUCAGAUGGGCAGAAAGGAACUCCUGGUAUUCAAGGUCAAAAGGGCGUUCCUGGAUCUCCUGGAAAAGAUGGACAACCAGGCUCUCCUGGCUAUGAAGGAAUUAAAGGCUACACCGGCCUUAAGGGUCUCUUUGGAUUACAUGGACUGAAAGGACAAAAGGGAACAUCAGGAACACCAGGUCUGGAGCUUAUCGGACCUGCUGGGGAGACGGGAGUCAAAGGAGAAAAGGGAGAGAGCGGUGAACCCAACAGUCAGCCUGGUACUCCAGGCAUAGCGGGGUUGAAAGGUUUCCAAGGACCUCAAGGUGACUUUGGCCAGCCUGGAGAGCCAGGUUUCCCAGGCCUUGCAGGACCAGACGGGACCCCAGACAAACCAGGAUUCAGGGGGGAUCCUGGAUUUUCAGGAACACCAGGAUACCAAGGUUCUCCUGGAGCCAGAGGAGUGCCGGGUCCAGAUGCCUUCCCUGGAGAAAAGGGUGUAACAGGAAUAAUAGGGUUUCCUGGGUUCCCUGGCACUAAAGGAUUCAGAGGAGAUUUCGGUCCAGCUGGGUACCAGGGCCCUCACGGUAUCUCUGGGAGGAAAGGGGGCAAAGGAGACCAAGGGGUCAUGGGAUUCCCUGGACAUAUUGGCACAAAGGGAGAAAGAGGACCAGUGGGUCCCAAAGGAAGCACAGGAUUCCCAGGUUAUCCUGGCCAACCAGGCAGCCAGGGUCCAGCUCCGGUACCUGUCAAAGUUCCAGGAGAGAGGGGCCCUCCAGGACCGCAGGGCAUUCAUGGACCAAACGGAAAUAGAGGGGAACCAGGACCACAAGGACCCCCUGGAAAUCAAGGGUUCAUAGGACCCAUCGGGGAGAGGGGCAUGCCUGGGGUGAGUGGAACUCCAGGAAUGCCUGGGUUCCGUGGAGAACUUGGACAGUUGGGUCACCCUGGUCUACAAGGAACGGAAGGUCACCGUGGUAACCCUGGUAUCCCUGGUUUACCUGGCAUGCCGGGCCGCAGUGUCAGCGUGGGCUACUUGUUGGUGAAACACAGCCAGACAGUGGAGACCCCCAUGUGCCCCGUGGGAAUGUCUAAACUGUGGGACGGCUACAGCCUGCUGUACUUUGAGGGCCAGGAAAAGGCCCACAACCAGGACCUUGGUUUGGCGGGCUCCUGCCUCCCACGGUUCAGCACCAUGCCCUUCCUGUACUGCAACCCUGGAGACGUUUGUUACUACGCCAGCAGAAACGAUAAGUCCUACUGGCUGUCCACCACCGCUCCCCUUCCCAUGAUGCCUGUGGAGGAAUUAGAGAUCAAACCGUACAUCAGCCGCUGCUCCGUAUGUGAAGCUCCAUCAGUUGCGAUUGCAGUGCACAGUCAGGACAGCAGCAUCCCUCAGUGUCCUGCAGGCUGGCGCAGCCUGUGGAUCGGUUACUCCUUCCUCAUGCACACAUCAGCAGGAAACGAAGGUGGCGGUCAGUCCCUGUCGUCACCCGGUUCCUGCCUGGAGGACUUCCGCACGGCGCCGUUCAUCGAGUGCAACGGAGCAAAAGGCACAUGCCACUAUUUUGCUAACAAAUACAGCUUCUGGCUGACCAUCAUGAGCCAGGAUUUCCACUCUCAGCCGACAUCACAGACACUAAAAGCAGGCCAGCUCCUUGCACACAUCAGCCGCUGCCAAGUCUGCAUGAAGAACCUCUGA